AUGUCCAAACUCUCACAUGCGACCAUCACCCCGCGCCGCUCCGCGGCUCGCGGCCACUCAGAUCACGGUUGGCUCAAUACCUACCACACCUUCAGCUUUGCGGACUACUAUGAUCCAUCAUUUAUGAAUUUCGGAUGUCUGCGUGUCCUCAAUGAAGAUCGCGUAGCGCCUCAAACAGGGUUCCCUACGCACCCCCAUCGGGAUGCGGAGAUCUUUAGUUAUAUUCUCAGCGGCGAGUUGACGCAUAGAGACAGCAUGAUCAAGAAAGGCUCGGAGGGGAAGCAGGGCAAGGAGUUUUAUAGGAUGAAGAGGGGUGACGUUCAAUUCACCACUGGAGGAACUGGUAUCGCACACUCUGAGCAAAAUGAGCAUUCAUCAGAUACAGUUCAUUUCCUUCAGAUCUGGGCUAUGCCCUGGCGCCGCGGUCUCACACCGCAGUACCACACAGUCUCAUUCGACGAACAGCUCAAACGCAAGGCUUUCCUCCCCAUUCUCUCGCCAUUGGCAGCAGGCAUCAACGCCACCGCCGCCGAAGAGAAAGAAGCCAAACCCAAGAUUGCAGGCACAAUCCCCAUUCACGCGGAUCUCGUCAUGGGCGCGGGUAUCAUCCCUGUUGAUCGACGAUUUAAAUGGAAAGUUGGCGGAGAAGGAGAAAAUGGGGAAGCGGUUGUGGAAAAUAAAUCUGAUCGCAAAGUGUACGUGCAUUUACCAAUGACCAAGAAUGGACAUGCGAAGAUCAGAUUGGAUGGUAGAGAACAGGCGGUUUUGCAGGAAGGUGAUGGAGCGUAUGUGAAGGGGGUUAAGGUUGGGGAUGAGAUCAGUGUGGAGAGUAUUGGAGAGGCGGAGGCCGAGGUGGUGAUAUUGGAUAGUUAUUGA